AAAUGCUGAUGUUUUCUGCCCUGCAUGGUGCGUCGAGGCAGAAACGUAUGCCUAUGGACGCGGAGGACGAGAGCUCCGCAAUUACUUCGCCGAACAAUUAUUAUCUAGCAUUCCAUGUUUCUGAUUUGAUUGCGAACGGAUUUGUUCACGCGCCGCGGUUGCCCAUACAUACUACCCCUCUUUAUCACACUGUACUGGUGCAGUGGUGGUGGAGCUGCUCGAGGCCUGGGUGCAGGGACUCCUGCUGUCCGGAAAAUCGAUUUCGCCUCAGCCACAACAACGUAGUACAAGACAAGCACUAUUUGGCAGGUACUAUCACUGUAUCAGUAACAACACGCUGUAUUUCCCUACUCCCUGUUUGUGUUAGUGAUACUGUAGUCUAGUUCUCCAUCUGCAAUACUCUCUGCGAGGAGUAUCAUCAUCAGCGUCACCCUGCGACGAGACGACAACCGACCGUACACGGCUACUGCUGCUUGUUCGACAAGAAAAACCCAAUCGCUAGGUCUUAUCGUCGAGGCAUUUGCGGCCGCUAGCAACUCUCCCGAUCAGCUGAGGACUGACCCAAAAGUCAACUCACCAGCCCACAACUGCGUGCCAUUCGCGAACGCUACCAAAUACCGCGCGCGUCUGCGCUUUUGGCAGCGGGGCAAAAUCUAAAAGCAUCGCAGAGAGUGCCGUGCUGACCGGCUUGCCACCGCUCGAAACGUAGCGCUCACCGUUUGGGCCUAGCUAGCUGCUUGGGCGAACAGAGCGUGUGACGGCGUGUACAGAGAGACCAGCAGGCAGUCGAUCUAUCUACAUCCAAGAGUUGGAUCUCUUGGCCAGCAGCAGGGGCCCGGUGGGGCGAGUUGUCGUUCGCAAUCUCGAAAAGGAAACCGUAGAUAUCAGCAGAUUCAGAGAACCCUUAGCGAGCACUUAGACGCUGAAUCCAACCAAGAUAGAAGGCAGAAAUUUUAUUGUUGAAGCGAGUGUACUUCGCUUUGGACUAGUUGCAGUCGUGUAGACUUGUUGUGAAUCUAAAUAUUAAUUGCUUGCUUGCUUGGUAGCAACGAAUAGUGCUCGCAGUACUGUAGUGGAGAGUCGAGUCGUUACAAUGGAAGAACCUGUCAGCCCCGUUUCAGCCAGUCCCGUUUCUCCCAUGUCCCCGCCGCCAGGGAUAAAACGGCCUCGGCUGAUUACCGUGCGAAAGCCCAGGGACGGUGGCUCGUUCGGCUUCAACCUACACGGCGUCAAGGGCAAACCUGGCCAGGUCGUGAAGAGCGUGGAGGCCAACGGGGCAGCGCUGAUCGCGGGUCUCUACCCUGGCGAUCGUGUCAUCGACGUGAACUCCAUUUGCGUGGUGGGGGAGACGCACGCCUCGGUGGUCGGUCGGAUUCGAGACAGCGGAGACCUCGUCACUCUCCUAGUCGUCGACGAGUCAACGUACGACUUCUACAACGCGCGAGGAUUGGUGAUUACAGAAGCCGAUGCAGUACCGUUGCCGUCAAUGAACGGUGCUCGUUCAUCGGACGACUCGACUAGUUUGAGUGGCAGCGUUCACAGCUCGUCCACGGAGGGCGCACCGCUGUCGCCACCUGGGGAUCGCGAGCCAGCGCCAGUACCGCACACCUUCAAGAAAACCAAGGUGAAGAAGCGGGACGCAGCCAAGGUGGCAGAAACCGACUGGGCGGCCAAGAAGAACUUCUUCGACGACCUCUAACGAUAGGACCUGUUUUACUUUGGAGUAAGUUUACAUUGAGAAACCAUUCAUUCAGAGACCUGGAUCCCACAGGGUCACAGGAUCGCUUACUAGUUUACCAUAGGCAUAGUUUACAUGUUGUGGUCAAAGUCCAUUUAAAAAAAACUUGAGCAAAAUUAUCAUGAGAAAAUUCCUUGAGCUCAAGCAAGCGUGGUGAAGCACGUUGCUUGAGCAAAUCUAUUCGCUGUGUGGAAUGAGUUUGCAUGCCUGCAAUGCUUACUGCUGGACUAGAGCUCCACCAAAACGACGCUGUGCUGUGUGCCUCUCUCCCCCCCCCCCCCCCCUCUUCUCCCCUCCUAAGUCCUAGCUUGAUUCCAGCCCAAAGCUCCUGUAAAUUUACUGCUGAUAAACUGCUACGCUACCUGCUGCUGCUGUUGCUGUUACUGCUGCUGUUGCUGCCACCCAUGUUUUCUGAGAACAGGGGGGAAUUGGUUGCAUGCGUAUUGCCUCGCGCUGGGCAUCCCCCCCCCCCCCCCCCCGUACCGCCAUUUGUAAAUCAAGAGCACUGCUAUAUUACUACGCUUCAAAUGAGAACACACCGCUAGUGGCAAUAAUUGUUUUUAAGUAGCCAGUGUAAUCGUAAUACUAGUCAUCUAAAAGUGUUGUAAUACUUGGGACAUUUGCGCACGUGCAUCCCCCAUUAUAGCCUAGAGUAACCAAGUCGUAGUUUUAUAAAUCAUUUUUCUCGCCCUCUUCCUCUAUGCUAUGGUAGUUGUAAUUCUCUGCAAAUGUUUUAAAACUCUUUUUUUCUCCCCAGCCUAUACCGUGCUAUGGGCUCAUCAGUACAGGUGUUGGCGUUUAGACUAACAUUACACUUCAGUAUCCAGUGUCCAGGGCUACUCAUUGCUGUUUUCUGAUGAUCGCUUAGUAUGUGGAACUCGGAGUUAAAAACACUUGUUUUCAACCUCUCAUUGUUGGUUUGUACUUCAGUACAAUCAUGUAAAACCGUCGCA